GUUUCUUAACCAUUUCCCUCUAUUAACUGUGGUUGUAUCCCAAUAGUCAUUGUAGCCUGUUCCAGGCUCUUGGUCAGUUGGGAUGAUCAAAAAAGCGGGCUCGGGACGAGCAGAAUCUUCUCACGCCCUCUACUUUUUUUACCAGAGCCCGCUUGUCCCGCACCCGCUCUUUCAUCGCCACUGACCGAGAGCCUGGAACAGGCUAUAGUCAUUAUCACUAGCUGGAAAAAAAAUCCUUACUAACAUGAUUGAUAAUAUAGUAAUUGAACUGAGUGGAGUGCAGUUUGGUCUGAAAUCAUACGCAUGAUUUCAAAAUCGAAUGAGCCUGCAACAUUCUGGCACUUUUUGAGGGCAUAAAUUUCGGUGGGGGGAGGGUAUUCAAGUUGUUGUUGACUGAAGAACACUGUUUUGUUGAACAUACUUGACCUUGUUUGUAGGUGGCUGGUGAGAAUUGUAUGAGGCAGUUAUUAGAGGCUUUAGAUGGGGAGACAUAUUCCUUCAGUCAUGUUCUUCCAAUGCUGAGUUUUUUCCAGACAAGAUCAAUCAAACAAACAACAGUCUUCAGAGGACCCCUGGAAAUUGGCUCACAGUUGAAAAUUAACGUCUAUGGAUACUUAAGGGUUAAGGAGGAAAAAUUGGCAUCAUGGAAGAAGCUGUCAGCUGUGUCGCAAAUGUCGCCAAACCCUGACACAAUGGAGGUACAAAUGCAGAGGUCUCAUCACUUGAAUGAUGAAGAUGAUACUGAAGUUGACAAAGAAAAUGUUGCACAAGGUUAUCGAUAUGGAAAGACAAUUGUUCCGUUGACCAAGAUUGACAAGGACGGCAUGAAGCUUCCCACAGAAAGAUGCUUGUCAGUGCUGUGUUUUACUUCAAAUGAAAAUGUAGGUGAUGAAAUUAGCAUUCAUUAAAUAUUUGUUCUUUUUCAGCACGCAGCAGUUGCACUGUCAGCAUUUAUAAAUGGCAUGUAUGAACUCAACACUGUAGCAAUUGUAAGAUAUUGCCGACAGAAGAAUGCUGCUCCAAAGCUAGGUUUCCUGUCUCCACACAUCAAGCAAGACUAUGAGUGUCUCCUGUUCACUGCACUGCCAUUUAUGGAGGACCUUCGACAGUUCAUGUUUGCACCUCUAAAUGAAAACAAGAAAUGGGAACCCUCUAGAGAGCAACAGGAUGCUGUGGAUAAUCUCAUCACUGCUAUGGACUUAACAGAUGCUCAGAGGAAUGUUAUUUGCAGUUACUUGGAGCCCAGCACAGAAUUCAAAGCAAGGUGUGCUCCAGAGUGCACCAAAGUAAAGGAUAUGUUUUGUCUUGUAAAAAUUGAGAAGAAGAAAGGAACUGCAGCUGAUAGCAUCUUCAAAGCAGUUGGAGAUGAGUCAAAUGGUGAACCAUCAACCAGCAGAACAGAUGUUCAAGAUGAAACUGAUUUUAGCAUGGCAAGCUUGGCAAAGAGAGAAGUCACACAGGUUGGUACAGUUGACCCUGUUGGAGAUUUCCGCACUAUGAUCAGUCAAAGGGAUGAAGAUAGGUUUGAUGAAGCUGCCAAACAGAUGAGGGAGCGUAUCCUGCAAUUAGUUCUGGAUUCAUUCAGAGACCAGUUUUAUGCUAAAGCCUUAGACUGUGUUAAAGUUCUCCGACAAGAGGCCAUAAAGGCUGGUGAAUCUGGAAUGCUAAACAAAUUUCUUCAAGAAAUGAAAGAGAAGUUAAUAAACCAAAGAGGGCAUGAAUUUUGGCUUCUGUUGUCUAAAGAACAAGUAACACUGAUCAGUCAAACUGAAGCACCUGACAGCAACGUCACUGAAGCUCAAGCUAAAGAAUUCUUGGAAGAUGGAGCAACUGAGGAGGAAGAAGCUCCUAUUGAUGACACAAUGGAGGAUGCUGAUGAUUUGCUGGAGAUGAUGGAGUGACAGUGACAGCAGUGCACAGAAGACAAUAGCAUGUGCCCGAGUAUACAGCACUUCAAAAUUGGAUGUGUCUCAAUGCACAAAGAAAAAUGAGCAUGUCUUGUUUCAGUCAUCUUACACACUGGAUGUCUGCCAUGAUACUAAAGUGAUGCUUGAACUUGCUUAACAAACAUCAUUUCUUUGUAAACAAGUAAGGAAUAUAAUAUAGUUCCAUUGCCGGGGUAACUUUCAAUGACUGCAACUGCAUUAGUUCACAAUGAUCUUUUGGAGGGUUUGGAUGAAUGCAAGAACACAAAGUGUGCUUGAAGGACUUGAUUAAAUAAUAUUGAUGAUCAGUGACAUUUAGUUAUAGUAUAACUUAAUUACCACUUACACCGGCAGAUAAUCUGCACUCACAGAUAAACCACACCCAGAGUUAGGCAACUGAUAGGAGAAAUGCAGCUAUAUUAUUAAUUUACAAGUACAAUAUUAUGUUAUUAUUUUGUAAUAAUUACUAUCUUGUUGAAAUGUGUAAAGUUGCAUGACUUGUAUGUAUUUUGGUUCAAUAAUUAUACAGCCUUUAUGAAAGCAGUCAAGAUUAGCUUUCCAGUGAACUUCACAAUGAAGAGGAUUCAUAUUAAAUUUGACUUGCUCA